AUGCAGACGUACUAUACUACCCCAUUCCGCUACUAUCCUCGCCCUCGCUUCUGUCUCCUCCGUCCCGGUGGUGUGAUGGCGCCUCUCAUCCCGAUGGACGAGCUGCCAUCCUGGCUCCAGGUCGGCCUGAGUCCAGACAUGUGUAUGGGUCUGCAGCCGGCGUCCUUGACUUUUAUCCCGCGAGAGGGCGAAUAUGAGGUGGUCUGUUCUCACUGUUCCAGCAGCGUCGACUCCACGCACCAGAGUUUCUCGGAACGCGUCUCGGAUGUCCAGUCGCCGCCCUCGGCCCAGUCGCCUCCUUCUGCUGCGGGUAGUAACAAGAGUUGUCCUGGCGCCUUCUGGGGCUCGCCGGGUUACCCUCCGAUGGAAAUGCUAAAGUACGCCAAAGGGCUGCCUGUGCUUGGACAGCCGCCUUUUCCUGCUACGCUCCAAAAUCCUACGACUAGCAUGUGUUUUGUUCCCAUGCAAGAUCUUCAGUGGCCUCUCCAAGGUGGGGGGGUUCCACCCGGUGAUUGUAAACCCAAUACCUUCCUUCCUGGUCCUCCUCAGUCCAGAGGACAGGCCAGUGAAACUCAGUCCACUGGCCUCGCAUCUGGUGGUCUUGCUUCUGAGAUUAUUUCAGCCCCGGCCGUGUAUGCGGAGGCAGGAAGUGUCGUCUCAUCCCAUUUGUCUAACGAGGUAGUGCAGUUGGGUGUGGUUUCUCAAGUGCCUGGCCUGAAUCCCGACAACACGACAGCAGCAGUUCCCAGCGUACCUAUCUCGACCACGGCGUCUUCAGCAAUCGCCAACAGGGUUCCCACUCCUGGCCCAAAUGGCAGCCAAUCUGUCACAACACAGAAUGGAUCACUCAGGUCCCCGAUUGAAAGCAUCGCGUCUACCCGAUCUCUCACGGCAGCCGUGGAGCGACUCAAAGAGAUGAUUGGAGCCAAGAAGAUAUCUCGCAACGCCAGCCUGUGCUAUGAUACCAAGAGCGGAAGAGGUCAACUGUCGGUUCAUUCCAGCCUGAAAGAAUCCUGUACCUCGAUGACUGGAGCAGACGAAACAGGUGGCAAUCGCUCUACUCGUGUUCGCCGACGCCGUCGCCGUCGUCGCCAUGACAAAGAAAUGCCCAAGCCUGCAACGGAUCCAAUUGAAGACAAGGAUCAACCGGAGCAGCCCAAUUCAGCUACAAAGCGGCGGGACCGACGCGAGCGAAUACAGCGAAAGAAUGCAAACUACAGCACUCGGUACUGGCACAUGAUGAUGAUUCCCAAAUGGCGGUCUGCUGUUCCCCAGUUUUGA